ACCAAACCCAUCUCUUUUAUCUUUACAUACCCAAAAUCUAAACUCGACCCAGUCAACUCAUUCAUCUCCCUCUCUCUCAAUAGGGUCCUUUUCCUUAUGGUUAUAUUAUAUAUAUAGGUCGAAAAACUCUCCAUACCCAAAAUUCAAACCAGACCAUUUUCUCCAUUAUUAUACCCCUUAACCCACCACAACUUUUCAUAAUAAUAAUAAUAUAAUAUGAUAAUAUAGAGAUAAUAACCUCUCUCCUUUUCAUUUUAGACUGAGUACCUUCCCUGGUCCCUGAACUCGUAUAUAUAUAUAUAUAAACAGAUAUAUACACCUAUAUAUAUCUCUUUAUAUAUAUAACACUUACCCUGUGACAAGAUUUGGGGCAUUUUGGUUUUUGUGUAUACCCUAAAUUAAACAAAAAAAAUCCCCAAAACACCCUCAUCCAAAGAGUAAAGAAAAAAAAGAAAGUCUCAUCAUAUUAUCUACCAACCCAUAAAAAAAUUCACCCCGAAACUUCUCACCCUAGUGAGAAAAAAAAAAAAAAAAGGUGAUCUUCUCCCCAUAACUCCUUCCUCCUUUUAAAGGUGGUGGGAGAAAUUUCAGCCAUAUCAUAAAGCACCAUAUGGCAUUAGAAAUAUAAGAAUAAAAUGGAAGUGAUUUCAUGUUCCAAAGUUCAGUAUCGUGGAGAAUCUGAUUGCCCUCAACAGAUUUUGGGUAAAGAUAUUAGUUAUGAUAAAGAUUCUAAUCUUGAUGAACAUGGACAAAAGGUACAGUUGAUUAAAAAUGGAGUGGAUGACGUAUUGCAACGUGUGGAGAGGCCUCAAACAGAAAUGCAGGCUGUAGUUCCUGCAACGGUUGAUGAAACACGAGCUUCAGAAGGCAACUGCAAUGGAGUUUCUCAUGGUUACGAUGAUGGUGAUGACAAAGACAAUGGUGAUAAAAGGAAUGCAAAUGAUCAGAAUUACUGUGAAGACAGUUGCCUAGUGUCUGAUAACUGUCAUCUUGUUGUGGAUACUAUCGAAAAUGAAUUGCCAAACAAUAUUAGAGAAGGGGAUUCAUCUUUUAUAGAGCCCAUGUUGCUAAAAGAGGAUGAAUCUGUGGCCCUGUGGGUGAAGUGGAGAGGGAAGUGGCAGGCGGGAAUCAGAUGUGCGAGGGCUGAUUGGCCAUUGUCGACAUUGAGAGCAAAACCUACUCAUGAUAGGAAGCAGUAUUUUGUCAUAUUUUUUCCACACACUAGGAAUUAUUCUUGGGCAGACAUGCUACUUGUUCGCUCAAUCUCUGAAUAUCCUCAGCCUAUUGCGUAUAAAUCACAUAAAAUUGGACUGAAAAUGGUAAAAGACUUGACAGUUGCACGGCGUUUUAUCAUGCAAAAACUAGCUGUUGCUAUGCUUAAUAUUGUUGACCAAUUUCAUACCGAGGCCUUGAUAGAGGCUGCCCGAGACGUGGUUGUCUGGAAGGAAUUUGCUAAGGAGGCUUCUCACUGUAGUGGUUAUUCUGAUCUUGGAAGGAUGCUUCUGAAGCUGCAGAAUAUGAUAUUAAAGAGCUACAUAAAUUCUCAUUGGCUGCAGAAUUCGUUCAAAAUAUGGGAGCAGAGAUGUCAUAACGCACUUAGUGCUGAAUCUGUUGAAAUGCUGAAGGAGGAGUUGUUUGAUUCAAUUCAGUGGAAUGAUGUCCAUUCUCUAAGGGAUGCGUUGGUCCAGCCCACGUUGGGUUCUGAGUGGAAAACAUGGAAGCAAGAAGUCAUGAAGUGGUUUUCAACAUCUCAUCCCUUAACAAGUGGUGUAGAUCAGCAACAAGAAAGUAGUGAUGGUCCUUUGACCCCAAGUCUCCAAGUUAGCAGGAAAAGGCCGAAACUUGAAGUUCGUCGUGCUGAGACACAUGCUUUCCAGGUAGAAAGUAGGGAGUCUAAUCAAUCUGGAAACCUAGAAAUUGAUUCUUACUAUUUUGACAACAGAGACAUUAUAAAUGGUGCUACAUUAGCAUCAGAGCCUUGUAAAAAGGAAAAUUUGACUGAGGUAGCUGUAUCAACAGACUCACCUGGUACCACUUCUAAUAAAUGGAAUGAAGUUAUCACUGAAAAGGAAAAUGGUGUGGACAGACAAACCAAAGAUAUUGAGAUGACACCUGUUCAUCUAGCAACUCCUACAAAGAGUCGGCAGUGCAUAGCUUAUAUUGAAUCUAAGGGAAGGCAAUGUGUGAGGUGGGCUAAUGAUAGUGAUGUUUACUGCUGUGUGCAUCUGUCUUCUCGAUUCACUGGAAACUCCGGGGGGACAGAAAUGGCUCUCUCUAGUGAUACACCUAUGUGUGAAGGAACAACUGUUCUUGGCACUAAAUGUAAGCAUCGGUCUUUACCUGGGUCACCAUUUUGUAAGAAACACGGGCCAAAGAGUGAUAUGAAAGCUUCAAAUUUUUCGGAGAAUUCACUUAAGAGAAAGUAUGAAGAGAACGUCCCUGGUCAAAAAGCCACUCACUGUCAAGAUAUAGUGUUGGUAGGAGGUGUUGAAAGUCCACAAAAAGUAGAUUCUGUCUCAGUCAUGGAUAGUGAGGGUUUUCAUGGAAGAAAUAACGUAAUUGAGAAUGCUGAGCAUCUUGUUAAAGAAUAUGAUAAUCCGAAAGUGUUGCAUUGUAUAGGCUCCUGCUUGCCCAACAACAUUAUACCCUGUGUGGAAAGUCCAAAGCGUCACUUAUCAUACUGCGAGAAGCACCUUCCAAGCUGGCUUAAACGAGCAAGGAAUGGUAAAAGUAGGAUUAUAUCGAAAGAUGUUUUCAUAGAUCUUUUGAAGGAUUGCCAUGCACAAGAGCAAAAACUUCACUUACAUCAGGCUUGCGAGAUUUUCUACAGGCUUUUCAAAAGUAUAUUAUCCUUAAGAAAUCCAGUACCCAAGGAAGUUCAGUUUCAGUGGGCUUUAUCUGAAGCUUCUAAAGAAAAUAGAGUUGGUGAGCUCUUUAUGAAAUUGGUUAGCACUGAAAAAGAGAGACUGAGAAGAAUUUGGGGCUUCACUGCUGAUAAUGAUGCAGAAAUACCCUCCUCUGUCCAGGAAGAACCAGCUCAAUUGCCACUGGUGAUUGAUGGUAACCACGAUGAUGAAGAAACUAUUAAAUGCAAAUUUUGCUUAGAGGAGUUUUUGGAUGACCAAGCACUUGGAAACCACAUAAUGGAUAGCCAUAAAAAGGAAGCACAAUGGCUAUUCAGAGGUUAUGCUUGUGCUAUCUGUUUUGAUUCUUUUACGAAUAAGAAAGUUGUAGAAACUCAUGUGCAGGAGAGGCACCAUGUACAAUUUGUUGAACAAUGCAUGCUUCUGCAGUGUAUUCCUUGUGGUAGCCACUUUGGGAACACUGAGGAGCUAUGGUCACAUGUGAUCUCAGCUCACCCUGUAGAUUUCAGGCUUUCAAAAGCAGCUCAACAGACCCCGCCUGCUGUUGUUGAGUCUCCAUCAAAGCUUGAGCUGUGUGCUUCAGCCUCUGUAGAGACUAAUUCUGAGAAAUUAAGUGAUCCCAGAAGGUUUAUUUGCAGGUUUUGUGGCUUGAAGUUUGAUUUACUUCCUGAUCUCGGCCGCCACCAUCAAGCUGCUCAUAUGGGACCAAGUUUAGUCAGUGCCCGACCUGCAAAGAGAGGUGUACGAUAUUAUGCUUAUAGAAUGAAGUCUGGGAGACUCAGCCGUCCUGGAUUUAAGAAAAGUUUGGCAGCAGCAUCAUAUAGGAUACGAAACAGAGCAACUAAUAAUAUUAAAAAACGUAUCCAAGCAACUAAGUCACUUAAUACUGGUGGGAGGAGUGUCCUGCCUCAAGGAGCCGAAACUGCAAUUCUUGGUAGGUUGGCUGAAUCGCAAUGUUCGGAUGUGGCAAAAAUUUUGUUUUCAGAGAUGCAGAAAACAAAACCUUGCCCCAGCAACUUUGACAUUUUAUCCAUUGCUCGCUCCACUUGCUGCAAGAUCGGUCUUAAAGCUUCUUUAGGGGUAAAAUUUAAAGUAUUGCCAGAACAUUUGUAUCUAAAGGCAGCAAAACUUUGUAGUGAACAUAACAUUUAUUUGAACUGGCACCAAGAUGGAUUCAUAUGUCCCAAAGGAUGCAAAGCAUCUGAUGAUUCAUUACUUCUGUCUCCUGUGAGAUCCCUUGCAAAUAGAAUUGUAAACCGCAAAUUGAAAUGUUCUUCAGAACCUGUGGAUGACAAAUGGCAGGUGGAUGAGUGCCAUUAUGUCAUAAAUUCAAUUGACUUGAAGCAGCUAUCCUUGCAAAAGGGUCGUGUACUUUGUCAUGAUAUAAGUUUUGGGCAGGAACCGAUUCCGGUGACCUGCAUAGCUGAUGACAGUGUAUCCGAUUCUGAUACCAUCCUUGAGGGUAGCUCUGAUUGUCAGCAUUAUAGACAUAUGCCUUGGGAGAACUUUAAAUAUAUUACAAAGCCCUUGCUUGAUCAAUCCCUUUCUCUUGAUGCCCAGAGUUUUCAAUUAGGCUGCACCUGCCCGCAUGGAACCUGCAGUCCUAAAACUUGUGAUCAUGUUUACCUUUUCGAUAAUGACUAUGACGAUGCAAAAGACAUUUAUGGGAAAUCAAUGCGUGGUAGGUUCCCAUACAAUGAUAGAGGUCGAAUUAUCUUGGAAGAAGGGUACCUUGUUUAUGAGUGCAAUCAAAUGUGUAGUUGCCCUAGAACCUGUCCGAAUAGGGUUUUGCAGAAUGGAGUUAGAGUGAAACUUGAAGUUUAUAAAACAGAGAAAAAGGGAUGGGCAGUCAGGGCUGGUGAAGCAAUCUUGCGUGGCACUUUUAUCUGUGAAUACAUUGGGGAGGUGUUAGACGAGCAUGAAGCAAACAUGAGGCGGAAGAGGUAUGGCAAAGAAGGCUGCAGCUAUAUAUAUGAAAUCGAUUCUCAUGUCAAUGAUAUGAGUAGGCUGAUAGAAUGCCAGGCUCGGUAUGCCAUCGAUGCCACACAAUAUGGAAAUGUUGCACGAUUCAUUAAUCACAGUUGCUUGCCAAAUCUUGUGAGUCACCAAGUCCUUGUGGAAAGCAUGGACUGUCAGCGCGCACACAUAGGUCUCUAUGCCAACCAAGAUAUAUCAUUGGGUGAAGAACUAACAUAUGAUUAUCGGUAUGCACUGCUGCCUGGAGAAGGAUAUUUAUGCCAAUGUGAAACUCCCGUUUGCCGUGGCCGUCUGCAUUAAGCCUUUUAUCUAGAUGAUCCUCAUUCUCUCUCUCACUCUCUAUGAUGUACAAAAAAUUUGAGUUUUCAAGCUGGAAGAUCUCACAGGUUGAAGAGCAAAGUUUUCUGGUUAUAUUGCCAUCGAACACAGCUGAGUACAAUUCAAGCACUUUGCUCGAUAUUUUCUUCAAGCCAUGUUUAGAUUGUGGCACUUGGAUUUUUCAUUAUGGUCUUCCCCCAAGUAAGGCUACAACCUUUUCCUCUGGUAGAUUCUUUCAAUAAUUUUUUCUCACAUCCUCAUCUUAAUUCAAUGAAAAAAGAGGACAGACCUCAAGCCCUCCUUUUAUAAAGACUUCACAUUGAAUUUGUUAGUAUUGAAGUCACCCUGGACUAAUGAAUUGUAGCUUUUCUCCUUAGUCCAAUUUCCCUGUUAGUUAUUAUUUAUUUGGUAAGAAAUGCUAAUUUGACCAAGGUUUUGAUGUCUUCCUAUUUAUGCACUUUGCAAUAUUUUUCUACUUUUUAUUAAUAGCACAAGGGAGUUGUGAAUUGUGGGGAUAUCAUGAAAGUAAUAAUGUAUUCCCCAUGGUAAGAAAGUUUUGUAUUUUUAGUAUAAUUUGUACAUUGUAGUUAAUAAAAAGUUACUCUAUUUAUUUAGUUACA